AUGGACCUAUCCCUUCCUGGUGGAGAAAAUGCUUUGCUCUUAAAAGUAGAUGCCACCAAUGGAAAUACCAUGUGCACCCAGAUCCCAAAACAGCUCUCUUGGGAAGAACAUAUCAAAGUCCUUCCAGAUACAUGGGUCACAAAUUAUGAAAAGCUAAGAGAACCUGUUGAACCUCGCCAAUCCUCUGAACCCACUUUUUCCAAAAAACCCGAUAAAACAGUUUCCAUAAGCUUUGACCACUCUCACCUUAAAAAACCCAAUAAAAAAACCUUUUCUUUUCAGAUGUACCAACCCACUUAUAACCAAGCACACCAAGAUGACCCUGAAACAUUCUCUUACUGUCUCCCAAGUAUUAUGCGUGAACAUGACUGCAUAAAGCAGUUCGAAGGUCAUAACGUAUGGUGGUUGAAAUGUCCUUUCACGGGACACUGCCCAUGGGACAUGCAAUGUGACUGUCAAGAAUGUCUUGACGAUGAAAUUGAAUUGGAUGAACAUCAUGCAAAAAGAGCCAAAUCAAAGAAAAAAUGGUGA